CGGAGAACGGGGAUUAGGGUAUGCACCGUUCGGAAGCAUUUUGGCCUAGACUCACCGUGUUAGGUUGCCCCACAUACUUGUAUCCGUGAAAGCAUCUUUGCGGAGCCCAGAAUUGAUCAUCACUUCCAGUAUCAGGAGGUGCAGGAGACCCGCCGCUCACGUUCAUACAGAAUGACUUUGGUUGAUCUUGGAUGUUGUAUGGGAACUGAUCUAAGGAAGUUGGUCGUGGAUGGUUUCCCAGUACUGGACAUCAUGGGGCUCGAUAUUGAGAACCGAUUCUUUGACAUCGGGCGUCUCAUGUACAACGAAGGGGACACGCCUUCCAUCAAGUUUAAGCAGACCGAUGCCCUUGAUCCUCUAUUCUGUGAACGCAACACCAGUUUGGAAAGCAAGUUCGAUUUUGUGCACUCAGCAAAUGUCGUACAUCUCUUCCAGACUGAGGGGCAACUAGCAUUCAUACGGUCAAUGGCCUUUCUAGCUAAACCUGGUGGACUUAUGUGGGGUCGUCAAGUCGGGUUGGCCAAUGGACCAGAUGGUGCGAAGUACAAGCACAAAGAAGGAAAGGGUACUCGGUUCACAGCUGACGAGUUUAAGGAGCUCAUCUUGGAUGCUACGGGAUGGCGUGAAGAGGAUAUCUUAUAUCGCUCUGAGUUGGUCGCGUACAGCGAGCUACGAAUGGCGAAGCCUGACAAGAAUUGGGUGCUACAGUGGUCAGUGAGGGUGCCCUUCGAUAAAACGCCGGGAGCUCGUCGAAUUACUGAGUUGGUUGAAUAAAUAAUUGCCCUACGGUUGAUCAUCGUUUA